AUAAAUUUGUAUCUGAUUAUAAAUUGUGUUGUUUUCAGGAACCAGUAUGGUAACUCAGUGCCCCUGAAAUACCUGAACGAUAGGGUCUCGAUGUAUAUGCACGUGUACACACUGUACAGUGCUGUCAGGCCGUUUGGCUGCAGUAUUAUUAUGGGCUCCUACGAGAAAGGCCAGCCUGUCAUGUAUAUGGUCGACCCGUCUGGAAUAUCUCAUGGUUAUUACGGCUGUGCGGUUGGAAAGGCUAAACAAGCCGCGAAAACUGAAAUCGAGAAGCUGAAACUCUCUGAACUCACAUGCAAGGAGUUGGUGAAGGAAGCAGCUAGGAUAAUCUACAUGGUGCAUGACGAGCUGAAGGACAAGUCGUUUGAGCUUGAACUGAGCUGGGUGGGCAAACACACCAAUGGACGCCACGAGUUUGUGCCCAAGGCGGUGUUGGCCGAGGCCGAGGAAGCCGCCAAGGCCGAUGAAGAGCAUUCCGACUCUGAUGGCGAAGAUAUGUAACCUAAUUACUGCUACUAACUUUUUAUAAUUAAAUAUUAAUAAACUAUGUUUGUAAUUCAGA